CCGCUCUGAGGGAAGUGGAGGGGAGGAAGCGCGGGGUGCAGAUGAUGGCGGACCAGUCCUCUUAUUUCUAUUAAACUGAUCAGAAGAUCUCUCUGAAACAGCGGCAUGGGUUCUCCUCUUCCUCUCACCUCGCUGCGCCUGCUGGUGCCUCCACUGCGUCUCAUGUCUGCCUUCAUGUGGCAAGUGGUCAAGCAGCAGAAGUUGGAGCAUUUUAAUAAACUGGAAGAGUACAUCCUUCUCCUGAUUAAGAUGUUUCCAGAGAUUCUGAGUGACAGACAGAAGACAGCAUUAGUGAUGGGUCUCAGAGCGAAGAUGAUGCUUGAAAUGUGUAAAGAUGAGGUGCCAGUCGACUUGGAGACGAUCAAGGCUCGUCUUCACACCAUUGAGUCCAAGGCAUCAGGUUCAGAGGUGGAAAAUUUGCAGUGUAAAUUGUUAAAGCUUAUUCUGAGCCUUUUGGAAGACCCAGUAAAAAAGGAGCAUUUCUUUCAGGAAGUGUUCCCGUUUGAGUAUGGUCCUGACUUUGACAAAGCACUACAGGUGCUGGUUGGACAUUUUCUCUCCAGGCUGGAACAGCUGCUGCCUGUGCCAAACUUUAAACAGGCUGCCUCUUGGCUGAGUACAGAGACCACCGUUUGGGAGAAUGUGGUGGAGAAUAAUUGGGAUCCCAGAUACUUGCUGCCUUUGCUUCGAAGUGACUAUCAGGGAACUCUGGAGACAAACGGUCUCCCAUCUGUUGUUGAGGACAGAGUCAUCUCUACUUUGUCUCUGCCACCUUUGACUGAUGUGGUCACAGACUGUGAGAGUAAUGCUGAAAACCAAUCAGAACAUUCCGUGUGCCUAAAGUGGUCUGUCGAGAUAAAUCAGAAUGGCUCGAGUGUAAACCAGGAAGUAAGCCAGGAGAGUGUGACAGAUGUGCCGGCCGUUGAAAUCUUCACUUCAGUUGAAGUAGAAGACUACAUUGUGACUGAGAUGAUUGCAGAGUCUGAAGCACCAACAGGCAGCCUGCAAGAAGAAGUGCAUUUGAUGGAGAAAAACAUUGAAGAAAGUCUUGUCUGUGAGGUUGAAGAGGAAGCAACGGACAUCGCUCAAAGCGAGAAUGAGAACAGAGCAUCAGCAGACAAUGCAGCUCCAGCUGAAAUUGACCCUGAUGUACAUGAACCUGAUGAACAUGAACCUGAUGAACAUGAACCUGAUGAACAUGAAUCUGAUGUACAUGAAUCUGAUGUACAUGAACCUGAGCCAAGCUCUGUGAUCUCUGGCUGUAAUUCAGAUCUGAAGAACGUCUCUGAAGAAGCUGCUGAGAAAGAUCCUCAGACCAACAGUGGCCACCUGCUGAAAGUGGUUGUUCCUAGUCGUCUGAUUCCAAUAAUUAAACAAGUCCGCCUGCCUUCAGUUUCUCUCUCUCGCUGCACUAGUGACCCCGGACCUCUUAAAAUGGGCUCUGCGGUCUUAAAGAAAUCUGCAUCUUCCUCAAAAAAAAGAGGCAAGACUAAAGCAAAGAUUCAGAAGAAAAGACCGCACGCAUGCUCUGAGUGUGGAAUGUCCUUCAGGUGCCGGGUAGAGCUCAAAGCACACAUGCGAAGACACACUGAAAAAGGACCCUACAAAUGUCAGCCCUGUAAGCUGAAUUUCAGGACCUAUUUCCAGGCUUCUGUCCACCAGCGGAAGUGGCACAGCCAGGUGACAUACUCCUGUUCCCAGUGUGACAAGAGCUUUCAGUCAAUGAAGACAUGGCUUAUGCAUCGCAAAGAGCACAGAGACAGAACGACGCACCGCUGCACCGACUGCGGCAAAGAGUGUAUAUCCCUGCAGGCUCUGAUUAAUCACUCCAAGGUUCACAACCACUUGGUGAGCGAACGUUUGCCGGACGCCUACAAAUGCAUCGCUUGUGGUGAAACUUUCUCCCUGAAAGAGGAAUUUGUGAGCCACAUGAGAACUCACAAACCUCGUGCCCCAAUUGUGGACAGGGACAAAGCAGUAAAGCGCGCAAAGCGUCAACCAGGAGAGUGCCGGUUCUGCGGCCAGACGUUUUCUGUGAUCGAGCUGCGGAACCAUCUAAAAAGUCAUCCGGAGUUUCGGCCUCAUCAGUGCGACCACUGCGGCAAGUGUUUUGCCACUCUGCAAAGCCUGCUGGCCCACAUAUCCAAUCACACGGGGGAGAAACCUCACGAAUGCGAAGACUGCGGUAAGAAGUUCUUCAGCAGCACUCAGCUGAAGUCCCACAUGAAGUGCCAUUCCACAGAGAGGCCGUACUGCUGCUCCUACUGCGGGAAGUGCUUCCUCUCCAUCGGCAACCUCACUAUCCACACCAGGCGGCACACCGGCGAGAAACCGUACGUGUGCUUGGAGUGCGGAAAGGCCUUCAGUUCUGCCGGCUGCCUGCAGGUCCAUCGUCGCUGCCACACUGGAGAGAAGCCAUACCCCUGCAACAUCUGUGGACGAAGCUUCAUCGUGUCGAGCCACCGCGUGGUACACAUGAGAUCACACAUGGGCGUGCGCCCUUACUCCUGCGAAAUCUGCGGGAAAGCUUUCACGAGGAAACGCUGCUUGAGCGAACACGUGUUCAGCCACAGCGACGUGAAACCCUUUCCAUGUUCCAUCUGCUCGAAGAGCUUCACUCGCCGUGGCCACCUAAAGAGACACAUGCAGUCCCACAGUGGAGACCCCAGCAGUGAAAUCAGUUAAAAAACAAAACAAAGAAAAAUUACCCUGAAAAACUAAAAAUUUGUUUAGUCAUUCUAACAAUUCUUGAAUUUGAAUAUGUGUGACUCAGUUUUGUUGUGGUGUUUACCAUGAACUAUGUAGAAAGUGCUUAAGAGUUACACAAAUCAAAAAGCAUUGUUAUUAGAAUGUUAUUAUUGUGUCAAGCAGUGUCAGGCAAUUCUUCCUUGUAUUAAUUCAUAUAUUUUGCAACAAUAAAAAAAAAACUAAUGGUAAUAUUUAUAUUUGAGAAAAUGUACACUUUUGUAAGUCUAUGCUUGCUGUAAAGACCAAUAAAAAAUGUGUUGGAGACAGA